UUCUUCCUCUACUUCUUUCUCUUCCGCCAGAGAGAGAAAUUCUCUCUUUUCUCCACUCCUCAAAAACCCCCAGAUCUAUGGCCUACAACUGCUACGGGGCGGAGACAAGCAAAUCUGGAGAUGGAUUUUCGGCGAUGGAGCAAGAUGGAUGAAGAAACCUACAGCUACUGGAGAUGGAGAUCGAAACUAGAGGUGAUGGUCAAUGAUGAUGAUGGUGGUGACGGUGACGAUCUGGAUGGUGGUGAUGGCCGGAAUUGGGGGGAAAGGAUGAUGAAGAACGGUAUGGUGAAAAUAAGUUUUUAAGAUAUUUUGAGCUUUUAAAAUUGAAUUUUGAAUGACUUGAAUUAAUUGAUAAUGGAAAA